AUGUCAUUAAGCGCAAUAUUAAAAAACAUGGACAAAAUGAGCAGCGUUGACCUUUUUGAAGAACAAGAUGCCAAUAUCGAUGAUCCAGUAUCUUUGAUUGUCAGAAGAUUGAAUGAUAUUGAAAAGUUGCGGCAAGAACGAUUUCAUCCACUUGCAAUACUAUCAGCCAAAACAAGCUAUGAACAUGGUUAUGAAAUGAAGCGGAAGCGCAUAUGGAAACCAAUUAAAUCGAUCCAAAGAGCCUUAGAUAGCGCGUUUUACAAUUGCAUAAAUGUUAUUGGAGUCACUCACCGACGAUAUCUUAUAGCAGUAGAUAUUUCGGACAGCAUGGAUAGUUUUGUGCAGGGCACGACGAUGGCUUGUAGUCAAGCAGCAGCCACUCUAUCAAUGGGACUCAUUCACCAUGAAGUCAAUGUAAUCCCACUAGCUUUUUCCGAUUUUUUGAUGCGCCUGGAGUGGGACAGAUUUAUGAGCUUAGGCGAAUACUUAACUGCUGCCAAAAAGUUGAAAUAUGGUAAAACAGACUGUGCCGAACCGAUGCUUUGGGCGAUCGAGCAUGCAAUAUACGUGGAUGUUUUCAUUAUUUUAACGGAUAAUGAUGUUUCAGUUAAAUCUAUGAAACCAUCUGAUGCUAUUCAGUGGUAUCGCCAACAAAUGAGGAUGCCGAACGCAAAGUUGAUUGUGGUAGGAAUGACCGAUAAGUCAGGGACACUGGCUAAUCCUAAUGAUCCAAAUAUGUUGGUUAUUUGUGGUAUGAAUCCAUCAGUUCCUCAAAUUAUUCAUGAUUUUGUCGUUAACGUUUAA